CACUGGCUGCCCGUCAACCAUAAAUCAGCAUAUACACGAUGUCAGAGAAGUCAUACGUAAAAUCACCCCAGAACGCGGUUAAUAGAUUGCGAAAUCGAGCAAAUUACGAUUAUGAAACAAUUCACAACAUCGUGAACAGCACAGCCGUGCUACACGUCUCUUUCGUCCCCAGCUCAGAAGAUCCUUUCCCAGUCGUGCUGCCCAUGAUUGGCCAAAUGGGAACAUUCGCUUUACCGUCAUCAACAGACCUGGAUCAACCAUUGGAUCUCUAUCUUCACGGGGCCAUUGCUUCUAGGAUCAUGAAGUUGUCCCAAAACGCUGUCGACCGAGGCGAAGAGGGAUUUCCUCUCUGUGUCGCGGCCACCAAAGUUGAUGGUUACGUCUUGGCUCUAACACCUUUUCACCAUAGCUAUAAUUUCCGGUCUGCUGUUGUACAUGGCUACGCUCAUGUAGUCGCAGACCCGGACGAGAAGAUGUGGGCACUGGAGCUUAUCACGAAUAAGAUAGUCCCUGAAAGAUGGCAAAACACACGCACACCGCCGAACAAGGUUGAAAUGCAAUCAACUCAUAUCCUCAAGAUGAAGGUAUCCUCGGGAAGUGCGAAAUUACGAUGGGGAGUCCCGAAUAACGACCGAGGGGAUCUGAAAAACCCAGAUGUGCUCGCCAAUUACUGGGCCGGAGUCGUCCCCAUGUGGGAGACUUUUGGUGAGCCUAUUUCAAGUGCUCAUAACCAAGCCCCCGUUCCCAAGUACUUAUCGGGAUAUCUAGAGGAAGCAAGAAGGGAAAAUGAGGCAGUGGCCAUGGAGGCAUCAAAAGAACAAGAAUAAUCGAGUUUCUGGCAAUGGCUUAGAAUAAGCAUUUGAUCUAUAGCUUCAAUGCUCAUUUAGCCAGGUGAUUUAUCAUGAUUUGUAUGUCUAAUUCAAGUGUACUUCAUAAGCCUUUUGCAAUGACAUAGAUC